CUGUGGCAGGUGAUGUACCGGGUGAUCCAGGUGGCCGACGGGCAGCUGGACGCGCAGACCGAGGGCACCAGCGCCAUCAGCGGGUACCCGGCGGCUCAGUCCAUGACACAGGCCGUGAUCCAGGGCGCGUUCACGAGCGAGGAGGGGGUGGAGACGGAGGCCACGCCCACCGAGACCCACUACACCUAUUUCCCCGCGGGCGUGGCCGACGGGGGCUCAGGGGGCACCGCUGCCACCGCUGCCACCGCCGUCGUCACCACCCAGAGCUCCGAGGGGCUCCUGGGGCAGCCCACGCCCACAG